AUGUUGGGCAAUGGCGAUGGCCAGCCACAAGAUGGCGACAUUGCACAUGAUUCUGGAAAGGAAAAGGAAAAAAGAGUGGUUAAGCAUACUGCGAAAGGUUUGGAAUUGUUGGUCGAAAACUGUCAAAAACCACGGGGCUCGUGUGUUAAAAAGGCAGUGAAAUUAAGAGAGACAUUGAAAGAGCUCAUGAAGGACAAUGAAAAUGCAAAUGCUGUUAAAUGUCAUUUUGAGCAAUUGAUUGAUCUGUGUGGGGAAUCAAGGAAAUGUCACUCAUCGCUGAUUGUUUUACCAUUGCCUGAGGAGGAGAUCCAGAGGCAAAAUAAAUGGUUUCUUCCAAAAAUCGACAAACUGGAAUGUUUCAUACAGGACGUUCAGGUGUGGUUAUCUGAAUUAAAACCACAGACUUCACAUGUCACUGAAAAUGAGCCACAAAUACAUGUCACUGUUGAAACUGAACCAGAAAUGGAACUGCAAAUGCAUGUCACUGAUGAGAGUGAAAAACUAAGCGUUGUCCAUAAUGAUGAAAUUGGUCCCCAGGACAGUGCAUCAAAUGUUACAAAAACCAUGCGCAAAUCAACUACAUCAAGAGCAUGUACAACCUCAUCUGUCCGCAUUAGGGCCCAGGCUGAAAAAGCAGCCCCCAUGGAACAGGUUGCUGCCCUACAUAAAAUACAUGAAAUGGAGAAACAACAGGAACGGCUCAAAUUCAACAGGAAGAGCUAA